CAAAAAAUUGCUGUUUUCAUACUGUGUAUGUGUGUGGUUACAUUAAGGGAGACAGAAAGUCAUUUGCAUAAGAACAUUUUGCAUUAUACCAGUGAUAUUGUGUACGAGUCCUUUUACAAGAUUGGUUGUGUCGAGGUCUAAGACUUGCAUAGUUAAGUACCUUUAAAAAGAUAGUGACUCAAUAACAACAUUUAGUUCAUCCUAAGUUUUCUUUCUCGAAGCUGUUUUGUUAUCUCCUGUCCGUGCAAUAUUACGGCUCUGCAAUUAAAAAAAAAGUUUGUGAUAUAUCCUUGACUAAGAUGUAGAUUUUACAAACCUCAUUUUCGGAAAAGUCGGGACGCUUUCUGAAAGUGCAAUAACAUCUGUAGAUUUGUCUUCACUUGAACUUUCUCCGAACAGUAAAAUUACUAACGAUUGCUGUUCGGGAAGUUUCCUCAAUGAGCAGGUUAACUGAUAAGUGAAGUUAUAAAAUUGGCUAUAAAAAGGAUCAUCUGCUUGGUCUCUGAAAGCAAGGAUGGGUCGUCGUGGUUCACCAUUUUGUGCCGAACUUUGAGAGAGCGGUGACAGUCGGUUCAAAGACACUGAGAUUGCAAACAAUUUAGUUCAGAAAAGAGUCAGAGCAAACCUUGAUUAAAACCUUUUUUUUUAAGUGUUUCAGGCAUCAAUUUCUAAAUGUGUUUAUUCUUAACUCAUAGAAGUAAGUUUGUCCCUCUGUGACCUAAAUCAAAGCUCAUGUAAAUUAAUAAAUGACAGAUUUGAGUCAUUAUUGCAUUAUUUUUGUUUUUAGAAAGUGGUCCAACUUUUCUGGAAAUGGGGUUUAGGAAGAACACUUGAAAACCUAAAAUAGAUGUUUAUUUCAAAUAUAUCUACAUGCAGUUGGUGGCUUGGAAGAACAUCAAAAAGCAUUUUUCUUAGUUAAAAUGUUUGUUAUUUUCCUAAGCAGCCCACCACUCUGAAUGUAAUAUAAGUUCAUUACUUACUAAGUGUAGCUUAUUUUCCCAAGUAAAUAAUCAAUUAAUUUACUGUAUUGUGUUUAUACUUCUACUUCAACUGAUUUUUUUUUUUUUUACCAUGUCAUUUGUAACUGUAAGAAAUUUCUAUCCGUAUAUGUUACUGAUAUUGAACGAUACCUCGACCUCAAUGGACUUGUACAUAAGACAUAAUGUCAGCAGGAGGUUGGCACGUAUGACUUGAGAUACACAUUUGCUCUAAGAAUCCUGUUAUUUAUGUAUUUAGUACUAAUAACUGGUUUGUGGAAGUGGGAUUUUGUGGAACUCAGAGCGGGCAGUGUGCAAUAUGUGAACGUUUAGCUAUAUUCUGCUAUAAUACACAUUAAACUGUAACAGAGUUAUCUUUUGUUUGCACUGUUCAGCAUGAGAGAGUAAAUGUAAUGAAAACAUAUGCUACUAUAUAUAUACAGUAUAUAUAUAUAUAUAUAUACACACAUAUAAAGCACUUUUGUGUGUCACUCAGAUACUAAUUUGACUGUGUUACACUGCACAGACUGAGAGAACAGCCUUGUCAUUACAUGUAGAGCAGGAGAUUCAGUAUUUUUCAUAGAUUUCCAACUAAUUAAAUGACAUACCAGCUUACCAGUGCUUUGUAAAAGUUAGUCUCCAAGUGAUCUUUUAAAGUGCUAAGCUUAGAUUUCUCUUUGUCCAGGUUAUUUUUCAUAAAUUCAAAUUGUUGUCUAUUUAAGACCAAUAAAGUGGUACGUCUGUAUUUUGCAUUGUGUCCUAGUGAUACUGACAAAUAUACAGCUGUAUGAAAUCGAUCUCUGUGUGUUUUUGAAAUAUUAUGGUGUGUACUGAGAGAACUAGAACUGCAUACACUAGUAUAUUAUUGACAGUGCAGAGGUAAUCUCACCUCUAAGGCCCUGUGUGUGUGUCUACAUUCCCUUUAACUCACAUCAUGUUCUUUACAGCUUUCUUAUAACUGCUGUUAACACACCUGCAAUUGCUGCGAUAUCUCAUAAUAAUUUGUUCUCGUGAGAUAAGUCUUUAUCUAAAUCGGUGUAUUUCUACUCUGCUAACUUCGAUUAUGUCACGUCUUACAUUCUCUUGUUGUGUAAUUAGGAACUUAAAGUAACUCCGCAGUCAUUCAGCUCCUCCGACGGGGGUGGUGUGUUGUGCAUAUACUUACUGAAGAGUAAUAAAUCCCUUACAUUUUAACCAAACCUUCUCACGCCUGUGUGUGGUGCAAGUGGAGUUUGAUCUUUUGGUGAGUGAAAGAAACCUUGUGACAUACGCAAGCUUCCUGGGAUCAUCGUCACAUUAUUUGUGACGCCCAUAUAUUAGGGAAAACAACACAGGACAGUGCAGCUGUGGAAGGAUACUCAGUGUGGCCACUUGCAAAAAAGAUGUUUGACCUUACCACAGGAUAUCAAUGGACCAAUACGACUCAGUCUCCAUCGCCCUCUCCUGGGGCAAGACCCACUCUGGUCCCUGUGGAUAUAGUCGUGCUGGUGAUCUACUUCCUGCUGGUGCUGGCAGUGGGAUUUUGGUCUAUGUGGAGAACAAAGCGCAGUACAGUGGAUGGAUACUUCCUGGCUGGGAAGAGCAUGACCUGGUGGCCUGUCGGUGCCUCCCUGUUUGCCAGUAACAUUGGCAGUGGUCAUUUUAUUGGGAUGGCAGGUUCAGGAGCUGCAGCAGGAAUUGGGGCAAUUGCAUAUGAAUGGAAUGGUAUGCUGAUGGUACUGCUGCUGGGAUGGCUCUUCCUGCCCAUUUACAUUGCCUCUGGGGUAACAACAAUGCCAGAAUACUUGCAAAGGAGAUUUGGUGGGAGAAGAACACAGUUAUUUAUAGCUGUCCUGUCCUUGUUUAUUUACAUUUUCACAAAGAUAUCAGUGGACAUGUAUGCUGGGGCUUUGUUUAUACAGCUCGCUUUACAGUGGAAUAUCUACCUGGCUGUUUUGCUGCUGCUGACAAUCACUGCCCUCUACACAGUAGCAGGUGGCCUGGCUGCCGUCAUCUACACGGAUGCUGUGCAGACUGUUAUCAUGGUGAUAGGAGCUCUCAUCCUCAUGGGUUACAGCUUUGCUGAGGUGGGAGGCUGGAAUGCUCUGAUGGAGGGAUACAUGCACGCCAUACCAUCCAUCCGUGUGCCAAACUCGACCUGCGGCAUCCCUCGACAUGACGCAUUCCACAUAUUCAGAGACCCAGUGAACUCUGACCUGCCUUGGCCUGGGGUCAUCGUUGGCAUGUCAAUCCCCUCAAUGUGGUACUGGUGUUCUGACCAGGUGAUAGUGCAGCGCUCUCUUGCUGCGAAGACACUGACACAUGCGAAGGGAGGCUCACUGCUGGCUGCUUAUCUAAAGAUUCUGCCUUUCUUUAUUAUUCUGCUGCCUGGCAUGAUCAGCAGGAUACUCUUCACAGAUGAUGUGGCGUGUGCAGAUCCUGACGUUUGCAAUGAGAUCUGUGGCAACCCAGUGGGUUGUACAGAUACGGCCUAUGCCAGACUGGUCAUGGAACUGCUGCCUGCAGGAUUGAGGGGUUUGAUGAUGGCAGUGAUGAUUGCUGCCCUCAUGUCCUCGUUGACCUCCAUCUUCAACAGCGCCAGCACCAUUUUCACCAUUGACCUAUGGAAGACUUUUAGAUCCCGUGCAUCUGAGUGGGAGCUCAUGAUUGUGGGAAGGGUGUUUGUGCUGGUGCUGGUGGUUGUGUCGGUGCUGUGGAUUCCUGUUGUUCAGGCCAGUCAGGGUGGGCAGCUCUUUAUCUACAUCCAGUCCAUCAGCACCUACCUCCAGCCCCCAGUGUCCAUCAUCUUCCUCAUGGGCUGCUUCUGGAAGAGGACUAACGAAAAGGGUGCAUUCUGGGGCCUCACUAUCGGUCUGCCGGUGGGCUGCAUCCGCAUGGUGUUGGACUUCAUUUACCCUGCGCCUCUUUGCAAUGAGGAGGACAUCAGGCCUGCUGUGAUAAAAGACGUCCACUACCUCUACUUCUCCAUGUUGCUGUCCUUUAUCACUCUGAUUGUGGUGGUCGUAGUCAGCCUGGCCACAGAGAAACCAAAGCCGGAGCAGAUCAGUCGCCUUACCUGGUACACAAGGUUUGACCCAGUGGAACCCAGGGAGCAUGUGUGCACAGUGACAGGGAGCAGCAGGACCAUAGACGUGAUCACAGAUGAGAUGGGAGUUGAAGGGAAAGAGCAGCAGGACAGCAACAACGGAAAAACAUGUCAUCACAGGAAAGAUUCUUCAUCUUCUGUGUCCAGCGUCCAAAGCCAGUCCAGGCUGAUAUCUGCCUUCUACUGGCUGUGUGGGAUGGAAAGACGGAGGGAAGGAGCGAACAAUCCUGUGGUGACUCCUGCGCCCGAACAAAGCAGGAGCUGUUCUUUGCAAGAAAAGCCACGUCUGCGAAUCAUUGUCAACGUCAACCUCAUCAUUUGUCUCUCUGUUGCUGUCUUUAUCAUUGGCUACUGGGCAUGAAGAGAAGGUAACAACACUUUUAAUGGAGACGUGGGUGGUGAAACUGUAAAAUACGAUGCAUCCACAGUGCGACAAUUCACCUCAAAUAAAGUACAUCUUAAACAUUAAA